AAAGCUUAAUUACAGUUUGGCACUUAAUUGGAGUUUGUUUCUGUUGCCAUUAACAGUUACAAAUUGUUGGUCUGAAGUUAUCAUAAAAGGAUUGCCCAGUUUGGGGGUUCUUAUAUACAAUCUCAUGUCAGAGGACCUUAACUAUUUGACUUUUUUAUUUUUUCAGAAUGGUCAAAGUUUUCUGGUUUUGGAUGAACAAAGGUUUGCGAAAGAAAUACUUCCCAAAUACUUCAAGCACAAUAACAUGGCAAGCUUUGUGAGGCAACUGAAUAUGUAUGGUUUCCGUAAAGUAGUACAUAUUGACUCUGGAAUUGUAAAGCAGGAACGAGAUGGUCCUGUUGAAUUUCAGCAUCCUUACUUCAAACAAGGCCAGGAUGACUUGUUGGAGAACAUUAAAAGGAAGGUUUCAUCUUCAAAACCAGAAGAAAAUAAAAUUCGUCAGGAAGAUUUAACAAAAAUUAUAAGUAGUGCUCAGAAGGUUCAAAUAAAACAAGAGACUAUUGAGUCCAGGCUUUCUGAGUUAAAAAGUGAGAAUGAGUCCCUUUGGAAGGAGGUGUCAGAAUUACGAGCAAAACAUGCGCAACAGCAACAAGUUAUUCGAAAGAUUGUCCAGUUUAUUGUUACAUUGGUUCAGAAUAACCAGCUUGUGAGUUUAAAACGUAAAAGGCCUCUACUUCUGAACACUAAUGGAGCCCAAAAGAAGAAUCUAUUUCAGCACAUAGUCAAAGAACCAGCUGAUAAUCACCAUCAUAAAGUUCCACACAGUAGGACUGAAGGUUUAAAACCAAGGGAGCGGAUUUCAGAUGACAUCAUUAUUUAUGAUGUUACUGAUGAUAAUGCAGAUGAAGAAAAUAUCCCAGUUAUUCCAGAAACUAAUGAAGAUAUCAUAUCUGAUCCCUCAAACUGUAGCCAGUACCCUGAUAUUGUCAUUGUUGAAGAUGACAAUGAAGAUGAAUAUGCACCGGUCAUUCAGAGUGGAGAUCAGAAUGAACCAGCCAGAGAAUCCCUAAGUUCAGGCAGUGAUGGCACUAGUCCUCUCAUGUCUAGUGCCAUCCAGCUAAAUGGCUCCUCCAGUCUGACUGCAGAUGAUCCUGUUACCAUGAUGGAUUCCAUUUUAAAUGAUAACAUCAAUCUUUUGGGAAAGGUUGAGCUGUUGGAUUAUCUUGACAGUAUUGAUUGCAGUUUAGAGGACUUCCAAGCCAUGCUGUCUGGAAGACAGUUUAGCAUAGACCCAGAUCUCCUGGUUGAUCUUUUCACUAGUUCUGUGCAGAUGAAUCCCACAGAUUACAUCAAUAAUACAAAAUCGGAGAAUAAAGGAUUAGAAACUACCAAGAACAAUGUAGUUCAACCAGUUUCAGAAGAGGGAAGAAAAUCUAAACCCAAAACAGAUAAACAGCUUAUCCAGUACACUGCCUUUCCACUUCUUGCAUUCCUUGAUGGGAACCCUGCUUCUGCUGUUGAACAGGGGAGCACAGCAUCAUCAGAAGUUAUGUCCUCUGUAGAUAAGCCCAUAGAAGUUGAUGAGCUUCUGGAUAGCAGCCUGGACCCAGAACCAACCCAAAGUAAGCUUGUUCGCCUGGAGCCGUUGACUGAAGCCGAAGCUAGUGAAGCCACACUGUUCUAUUUAUGUGAACUGGCUCCUGCACCUCUGGAUAGUGAUAUGCCACUUUUAGAUAGCUAAAUUCCCAGGAAGUGGACUCUACAUGUAUAUAUUCAUCAAAAUGAUGAACUAUUUAUUUUAAAGUAUUAUUUGGUACCCGUUUUUUUGUAAAUUGCUUUGUUUUGUUUUAAUUGGAUACUGUGGAAUCAAAAGCACCUUUUGCUUUUCUCACUAACCACACAGUCUUGCAAAGCUUUCAGAUACUACUCAGCUAUAUAGGUACACAAAAUGUAAUGCACAUUAUUGCAUAUCUUUAAGUUGGAUUCAGGUGGGCAUUUUUUUCUGAUUGUAGUAAAUUUGAAUUAUUUUUUAUAUAUAUGCCCAUUAACCCAGGUUAAACUUUUAUUUGUUUUACUUGUUUGAUGCUGUCUGUUGGCAUUGAGUGUAAGUCACUAAAAUUAAUGGUAGAACUCCUAAAGCUUUCUAUGUUCCAAUUACUUUUACUAAGUAUUUUUCACUUGGCUUAUUUUUAAAACUGGGAACAUAAAGUGCCUGUAUCUUGUAAAACUUCAUUUGUCUCUCUUGGUUCAGAGAAGUUCAUUCAUGUUCAUCAGGAAAGGCAAAGUAUACAUGAGUGCUUGCUGUCUGAUAUGGUUCCAGUUCUGUAUACCUAGAAGGGGAUGGGAUGGUGUCAGCCCAAUCCACCUAGUUGGACUAGUUUUAAGUAAAAGUUUUUGGUUUGUUUUUUGAACCAUAAUAUUUAGUAAAAUAAAUAUAAUGAAUGUUGCAUUCUAGUGUUUAUUAUGUGUCUUCUUUGGAGGUGACAUCCACAUGAACCAUUUUUUUUUUCCUUUUCAUACGAAGUAGAUAGAUAGACUUAAACUGUAAACUGUAUUGUCCUUUCUUAAUAUGAGUUACAUCAUGAUCUUUGUGCCUCAUCUCAAAAGAUAGACUGUAUUGCAAAAAGGGAGAAAUAUAAAGUCUCUAAACUUAAUGUUUUAUAGUUCUUUGUUUAAAAAUUAUAGUGGCUUGCUUUCUGUUUCUAAUAAAGAACUGAGAGAAUUAUGCCUCUCAUUGUUCCAAAUGAGUAAAGAACAUUAUCACUGGAUGCCACUAAGGGCCUAUAAUUUUUGUUCUGAGAGAAAGUCAGGUCACUGUCUCUUUGGGACAGGUGCUCAGAGGAUUAUAGACACUUAAUGCAAGAUAAGGCCAUCUCUUUUAUCACUUGAAGAUCAGGCAGGGGGCUAGAAGCAGUAUGGUGCCUGAAUAUUCUGCCUGAAUAUUUUAUGGGGCUACCUAAUGAGGUAUUACACAGGUGGCUUCCCUAUUGGCUAUAUUCUGUCUCUUGAUAUCUUGGAAUUUCUCUUGCUAUGAUGCAAAAAUUCAAAGUAAAGCCUAGCACAGGAAUAGAAAACCCUUUCUUAGCAGAUUCUAAAAUAUUUGGCUCAGACAAUGGGAUCUUAGUGAACUAAUUAAAGACCUCAGAAUAGUUUUCUGCAUAAGCUUUCUAGACGUUUUCAGGUGAAAAGAGUUGACUUGGAGAGAGAACUUUAGAGACCUUUUCUUUUUCUCUUCCCUUCCUCACUGGGAUAUGAUCAAGUUUCUUCUCUUUGGGGAAAUUUUGGAGCUGUGAAAGUAUUCUAAAGUGAUUAUGGAAAACUUCAUAUCCCUUAGUAAUUUUAAGUUGACAUUUUAAGAUUCAGAAUGGAUAGAAGGUGUAUCUAUUUUGUCUAAUGUGAAAAGAAUAAUUGUUAAGGGGGAUAAAGCCUUGUCCUGAGGCAUCUUUUCAGGCAGGUCAAGUUUAGGAAGGUACGCAUGAAAUGGAGAUCUGGAAACUGAUUCCUUUAAAAAUAAUUUGGUUUGUGUUUACCAGAGAAAGUCUCUGUGUACUACUUGGAAAAUAAAUUACCAUCAUAUGAAGACAGUUAAUUUAGAGGGUAACUCCCAUCUCUAUCCCCCUCCAACUUUCUUCUACCUCAGAGAGAUAAAAUAGGAUGUAGCUUGUAACUUACAGAGAGCUAAACGUUUUAUUCAAGGUGUGUCGCUACAGCUGGUCCUCCAUUAUUUCAUUCACUGUUGUUUCGUUAUAACGUUGAUGAGGAAAUCAAUUCCCAGCUGGGGCCACUGUGUAGUUUGCAUGUUCUUUCCAUGUCUGCGUGGAUUUUCUCUAGGACUCGUUUCCUCCUAUGUCCCAAAGAUGUGCACGUGAGGUUAAUCACUGUCAAUAAAUUGUCUCAGUAGAGUGUGGGUGUGGGUGUGAGUGUACCCCGUGAUGGAAGGGUGUCCUGACCAACUUUGGUUCCCACCUGGAGCCCUGAGCUGCUGUGAUAGGCUCUGGCCACCUGCACAUGAACUGGAAUAAGCAGACUAGAAAAUAAUUAUCUUGUUUUUAUUCAUCUUUCUUAAAUGUAUGUAUAGAACACAUUUCUGUGUGUAAUACUAGAAGUAUUUGGGGUCUUUAGAAGUUUGGUGAUGUUUUUGUGAACAGAAAUAUGCCAGAUGAACUUAACAAUUGUUUAUAUCAAUUAGCCUAUGAUAUAGUUGGUUUUGUUGUAUGACAUUUUGAUGAACAUGUACAGAAUCCUACAUUUAAGAAUUAGCACCUAGACCUUUGUUUCAAACAGAUAGGAAUUUUUUUUUUUUUUUGAGAACUGGUUGCACAUUGGGCAGUAGAGCAAAAUCAACCUAUUUCAAGAAAUUGCUAUCAAACAGACUAUAAUACAAAUAAGCUAGACUUUGACAGUUCUGAGGAACAGUGCCUGGUAUUUUGUAGUGUUCCCCCAUUUGGGGUUACCUGAUUUUUUUUUCAUGGUUAGACUGGGGUUAUUAGGUUUUGGGAAAGACUACAGAGGUGAAGUGCCAUUUUCAAUAUAUGUCAAGGUACAUACUGUCAAUGUUAACUUCUCACCGUUAACCUUAACUUAGAUUGGAAUGUCAAAGGAACAUUUCUGUGAGCCCAAAGGUUCAACAAUAUCUUCCAUGCCAUCUCAAAAACCACCCAAGUGGCCAUGGCGCCACUGCCUUACACACGUCAGUUUAUGUGUUUCUGUCUGCCAGCUAGAUUUUAAACCCAUCAGCUUUGCAAUCAGUGAGCCACUUCCAUAUAUGUAUCCUAUUGGUUCUAAUAACUACAAAAUUAACAGAAGCUCUCUUUAUGCUAAAUAUAUACCUGAGAAAAUUGAGGGUGAAGAAGAACAGCUUUUGCCCAGUAAAUAAGGAUGCUUUUAGAGAUGUCACUGGGCAGCAAGACAAGGACAAUGGAAUCCAAUCAAAAUUAAACACUUUCGCUCUGCAGAGACCCUGUUAAGAUGGAAAGACAAAGCUACAGACUGGGAGAAAAUAUUUGCAAACUGCAUAUCUGAUAAAGUACAAGUACCUAAAAUAUAUAAAAAACUCAACACAAAUUAAAAAAAAAAACAAUCCAAUUAGAAAAAGGCCAAAAAGACAUGAAUCGACAUUUCACCAGAGGACACAUGGAUGGCAUAUAUGCACAUGAAAAGAUAUUGUCCAUUAGCCAUUUGGGAAAGGCAAAUUAUAACCACAAUGAGAUACCACAUUUCUCUCAGGACAGCUAAAGUAAGUGAUAUCAAAUGCAAAAAUCCAAAGAAACAACUCAAAUCAAAGGUGUGACUAUGAAAUGCUACUGUCACUCUGGAAAAUAGUUUGGCAAUUUAUAAAACUAAACACUUAACCCAUCCACAAGGAUUCCUCUAUCCCUUCAUCCCUGACUCUGGGGAACCAGUAACCUGUCCUCCGUUUCUCUAAUUUUAUCAUUGCAAGCAUGCUAUAUAAGUACACCACCAUAUGUGACCAUUUGGGAUUAGUUUUUAUAACCCAGCAUACUGCCCUGGAGAUCAUUCAAGUUGUACCAGUAGUUCACUCUUUUUAAAGUAGUGUUCCAUGAUACAGAUGUACCACUGUGUUUAAACCUUAACCUGUUGGGCUCCUAUGAAUAUUUAUGUAAUUUUUUGUGUGAACAUUAGUUCUGGGUAAACAUCCAAGAGUUUUGUGGACAUUGUUUUGUGUAUAAUAUUGGAGAAACUCAGACCAUUUCAAAUGAGUUACUGAAUAAAAUGUAAUAAAACUUCUAA